GGUGACAUUGAAUUCGUGUUUCAAACGGCGUGUUCACAUACCCAGUUAAAAGCGGCGCCUCGUUUUUUCUGGCGUGCUGUUUAAAAAUCCCUGUGUUAUCUGUGCUCCUGGAGUAAUGAAUAUGACAAACCUAGUUGAUUUUGAUAGCCGAUAAUCAGGAGACGAUGAGCCUGCUUGAGGAAGACAUAGUCAUAGAUGAUUCCUCUGACUCUGAGGUCGGCUCGGACGGCGGUUCUGUCAUGGACACGUCGCCCCCGUGGUCGGGCAGCCCGGUGGUGGGGCUGCGGCCGGCCGGCCGCGCCGCCAGUCAGUCAGCGCCACCUGACGGCACCGGCCGCCUCCGCCAGCUGAGCCCCAGCCCAACGGCCGCACCACAGCUCGACUCUGCGUCAGCGGCCGUACCGGGGGCGGAGCCGAGCUUGGUGUCAGCGACUGUGCCGGAGCCGGAGCGGAGGUCCUCGUCGCCAAUCGCGCCGGAGCCGAACGCUGUGUCAGGAGCGGGGCUGGAGCCAGAGCCCAGUUCUGCCACAAUGCAGCAUGAGGUGCGGACUAGACUGCCUCCGGAGCUGGCACCAGGUGGAGGCAGAGGAAGAGACUCACCACCUGGGAGUGGGCCAGGCUGGGGCCUUGACCCCCUCGCAGCUGGCGUACGGCGAAGUCCCUGCCCGGAAGGCGAACCGGAGGUUUCAGGCCUCGACAGUCGAGUGCCACUGGCACGGGAUGACCCCGGCCCGAUCAGCACCAUGGAUGUGGGCGCCGGGCGCGAACCCGCCUCGCCAGCGGAUGAGCCGGGCAGCGGUGCCGUGGGGCUCCACCCACCGCCCGAUGUCCAGGUGGUGGCGGUUGUCGGCGGCGGUGCGGCGGGCUUCUCCGGCAGGAGCAGCCUCGGCGCCAGCGGCCUGUGGAGGGAUACAGACUUCCGCGAGCCGGCGAGGGACGGCGGCAGCGGCUCGGCGGACGCGCCGGCGGGGCCCGGUCCGGCCCUGCGCUCGGCACCCGCGUCACCGACGGCUGACGAUGGCGCCGCCGCCGCCGGACCCCAGCCCGGCCAGAAGACGCCUCCCAAGAUGGACGGAGGGUUCAUGCCGGCGUUGGAGGCGCGCUCCCCACAGUCGGAGGACGGCCAGUGCUGCACUAUCUGCUUCGAGCCAUGGUCCAACUCGGGCGAGCACCGGAUCGCCUCCCUCCGCUGUGGACACCUGUUCGGACGGUCGUGCAUCGAGCGCUGGCUGCGUGGCCGCGACCCGCGCUGUCCACAGUGCAACGAUAAGGCCCAUCGGCGCGACAUCCGCGUCAUAUUCGCCAAGAGUCUGCGCGUGCUGGACACGACUGACCGUGACCGGGCGCUGGACGAGCUCAGCCGGGAGCGCGAGGCCAAGCGGAAGCUGGAGCUGGACUUCGCCGUGGUGCAGGUCAAAUGUCAGAUGAAGGAGAACAUGAUCGAGCGUCUGCAGGGCGAGCUGCGCGCGCUGCGUCAGAAGGUGGGCGGCGGCGGCGCCGCCGCCGCCGCCAGCGGCGGCGGCGCUGGCGCCUCGCUCAGUCUCCACUGCAGUCUGGAGGUUAGCCGCGGCGGCGGCUGCCGGGUGAUGGAGUACAACAGCUGGAUGGGCCUGCUGGUGGCCUCGCAGCCCAGCCAGAACACGCUCUUCCCCGGGCACGGCGUGCGCAAGAUCAACACCCUCGACAUGCGGCCGCAGCAGUUCGUCUCGCUUCACCAGAAACAGAUCCGAGACGUGCGCUUCAGCCCGGAGCAGCGCGACCUGCUGCUGUCCGUGUCACUGGACCGGCGCGCCAAGCUAACCAACGUGUGCGGCAACACUCUGGUGCAGACGUACGACUGCGAGUCGCCGUGUUGGAGCUGCGCGUGGGACCGCGACGCGCCGCACCUCUUCUACGUGGGCCUCCAGAGCGGCGCCGUGCUGGCGUUCGACACGCGCGCCGGCGCCGCGCCGCUGGAUGAGCUGGCCGCCGCCGGCCACGCCUCGCCGGUGGUGUCGCUGCGGCACGUGUCGCGCGGGGGUCCGGACGGUGCCGGCGGCCUGCUCGCCUGCCGGCUGGCUCUCUGCUCGCUGCAGGAGGUGCGCGGUGAGCGGCGCCGCCACGACCUGCCGCUCGACGGCCCGUUCGUCUCGGCCGCCGUGGACGAGCGCACGCGCCACCUGCUCGUGUCGAGCCGGCCGUCCAGCCGGCAGCCGCACGCACAGCACACGGUGUGCCGGCUGCGGCGCCUGCCGCUGGAUGAUGCGCCAUCGCUCGUAUCAGCCGAGGUGGUGCAGGUGUUCCGCGGCGGCACCAGCCAGCGUGUGCUGUCGCGCUCGGCACUGGUGCCGCACCCGCUACGGCCGAACGCGCCCCUGGUCUGCGCCAGCCAGGAGACGGCUCAGGUGACGCAGCUGUGGGAUCUGGCCAGCGGCGAGUGCGCGCACACGCUGGCCGCCUCUGAGCCCGUGCUGGACGCCUGCCCUUUCACCGUACACGACCGCCACUUCCUGGCGCUGCUCACUGAGCGACAGGUCAAGAUGUACCGCUGGGAGGUGACCGCGUGACCGCCGCCGGCCGCCGGCCGGACCCCUCCUUCCCCGCCAUGUUUCGUACCUGAUGCCAGUGUCGUUACCGCGUGAAUAUAAAGAGCUAUGUUUUUACCUGGUGGUAUAUUUCCCGUGACGGGACACACUGCUGCGUGGAGUAUAUUGCUAGAAAGCGGGGCCGCCGGGCGGGGCGCACGGCGACGGCCGCCGCUGUGGCGAGAUCGAACCCUGACCGCGGCCGGCCGCGCCGCCGCCUCUGGAAGACGCCGCGCGAGUCACACGUGAACAGGGCGUGCCGACGUCACGCGGCGCCCGAGCCGGGGCAGAGGUACGUGGCCGCCCGGAAGUGUGCCGCUCGAGUGUCGUCGCCUCCCGCGCGGCCGGUGAGAGCGCCUGCUCGCAGUCCGGCCACAGCCGUCACACGCACACAACACACCAACAAGCCAGGUGCCCUCCGGACGGCCGGCCGCCCGGCGCGUCACGACGCCGUCGGGACGGCCGACCGCCCGACGCGUCACGACGCCGUCCGG